AAUCCGAGAGUAACCCCCCUCAUAGCGGCGCUUACUCUUGAAGAUUCUCAGUACCAUCAGAGAGAGAAAAGACACCACAGCUGAUGACGUGAAUGCGAUAGUGCUUCGAAAUUGGCGAAUAUAAACAACAAUUGAAAGUAGUACUUUUUAUUUUUUUAUUUUGGAACGUGGAAGAUCACUGUUAAAAUAAAGAGUGUGUUGAUCCUUUUUUGAGGAUUUAUCCGGAGAAGGAUUUUACUUUUCCAGGGCUGAUGUUUGUAUUCCUGUUUUUAAAACGGAGCGAUUUAAUAGCAUAAAGGAUAAAGAUAAUUCGACGCUUUUUUUCAAUCAAGAAGCAGAACAUUUAGAGAUGCUUUUCAGCAGAUGAUGAAAAUGAUCAAACGAUGAAAAAGCAAUUGAUAAGAAUGACUUCUCUUCAAUAAGUAUUCAACAAAGAUCAUGUUGUUCUCCAAGAUUGGUAUUUAAGCAUUACAUUUACAUCAGAAUGGCUUCCAAGCGUCUUUGCAGCAUUCACAAGAUCCGGGAAAUACAGUUGCCGCUCCUGGAACUGCAGGACCAAUAUGAUGUCAUCCGGGAGAUAGGAUCUGGUGACUACGGAAAAGUUAUGUUGGCCGUUCAUCGGGACACCCAGGCUAAAGUAGCCCUUAAGGCUGUCCCCAAAGCAACGACCACACUCAAGGACUUUCUCAUUGAAUUCCACUAUUGUUACUUUUUAUCUCCUCAUAAUAAUAUUCUUGAUACAUACGAUGUUGCGUUUGAAACCGUAGAGCACUACGUCUUUGCACAAGAAGUGGCGCCCUAUGGUGAUGUAUGGCAGGUCAUUGAGAAAGCUGGUGGCAUGGAAGAAAAUGACCUCAAAAUUGUCAUUCGUCAAAUCGCAUCAGCACUGGAGUUUAUGCACAGUAAGGGUUUGGUGCACAGGGACAUGAGGGCGGAGAAUAUGCUGAUCUUCGCCGAAGAUUUCUCAAGGGUCAAACUGACUGAUUUUGGUCUCACAAGACGAACAGACACACUGGUGAAGAAGAGGACGAGGUCCUUGCCAACCUGUCCACCAGAAAUCUGGGAAGCAGUUCACUUAGAAGGGUACACAGUAGAAAUCGGUUCAGAUGUUUGGCAGAUGGGCAUGUUCAUCUUUGCUGGUCUCUUGGCCAGGUUUCCAUGGGAGAAAGCUGAUAUCACCGACUCAAGAUUUUCAGAAUUCGUCCAGUGGCAAAAGAGGAAGAUAACGAGGACACCCAAAGAUUUCAGAAAGUUCACUCCUCGCCUUCAUCGACUAUUAAGGAGGCUAAUGGAUCCAAAACCUUCAAAGCGAUACGAAAUUAAAGAGGUUUAUAAAUAUCUCGGUGACAAAUGGCUGAUUUGCCGAAGUCCUAGAGCAACCACUACCGUCAACAAAACAGAUAUCGCCGAAGCGACAAAACUUGGCGAUCAUCUUGGCGAUAUGCUAUCUAACCUCACUGUCCAAACAACGACAGAACACAGAGAAACGAGAGAACAGCGAAUUAAUCAGUGGGUCAUGUCAACUUAUGAUGAUUCCAGUGAUAGCUAGACAGCCAAAUGACGCCAAAAACUAUUUUUUUCCGAAUUUAUUUUUAUUUAAGAAUUUCAUACCACUUAUUUCCACUUAAAAAAUAUCUAUGACGGACAUAUGUGCGAGUUUGGAUUGGAAGCAUUGAAUAUAAUCCGGUGAAACUGAUACAUUUACUGAUACGAUUAAUUGAUAACCUUUGAUGACUGAUUUAUUUUUGCACCAUUACCAAUGAAACUGACAAUAGUUAACUUUUUCUGAAAUCACAGUCAAGUUUGAAAUUGUAUUUAUAACAAAUUAAGGAAAAUUCUUAACAUAUUCGAUUUUAUUUUUUAAAAGUUUCGUUUCUUAGUUUUAUAUUAGGCGGAAUAAAUCAAAAACUACAUGCAAAAGUCUCGCACUAAGCACUCACCACCUCGCCAAAUGCGAUACAAUCUUGAAUUAGGCGAAUAAAAUUGUGUUUUGGCGAAAGUAUUGGCAAAUUAUUGUUUCCACUGGAAUGAAAAUUUUAUAAUUAGCUCGAUCUUCAAAAUGACGUCAGAAUGAAUUUUUCUUAACAAAUUAGUAUAUUUUACUCGAUAACGGUAGUUUUCGGUAGAUGAGCCGCAAAAUCAAUUAGAAUUGGGUCAAAAUAAUAUAAGCCUGAAGCAAACUACCAUAAAAUAAUUUUCUAUGGGAAAAAAAUUAAUAAUUAAAAAUUGUUAAGGUUUGUAUUUGGCGAAGACUUUUGAUAUUUGGCUAAUUUACUGGCUAAUAAUUUGGAUUCCUUAGCGCGGACUCUGCAUACAUUUCAAGUUCUUAUCCUUCUGCAUCAAAAAUAUUUUCAACUUGAUUAAACUUAUAACAAAAAGAUAUUGGAAAUGGAAUAGAAAUGCUUUAAGAAUUAUAACAAAUUUUAGAAUAGUAUUUGUUUCAAAAAAUUGGAAAGUGUAAAAGAUACAUUUGUUAAAUGUAUACAUUAAAAAAUAUUUAAAUUUCAAUAAGCGAAACAACAAGAAAGCUAUUUCCAAUAAAUCAUAAAUUAAAAUCAACAUAAUCUACUAUUUACGUUUUCAUAACUUAUAUUACAUCUAACAUUUUCAAAAUUAUGCUAUGAAACGAACAAUUGGAAGAAUUGACAUUGGAAUUAUUUAAGGAACAUUGAAUUGAAUGGUAUUUAUUCCAACUUGUUGUAAAUCGUAAUACAUGCAUUUUUUAUUUUAUAAAUUUUUAGAAACCUUAAGACUAAGUAAAAUAGAAAGUAUUUUAUUGUCAAUAAAUUAACAAAUAAGUUUAAAACCAAAUGUAUCAAAAAUAUUAUUAACUGUAUCAAUUUCUAUCAAAAUUAUUCCUGUAAAAAAGACAAUCAUAUAGAAUUUUUAACUAUUUCAAGAAAAAUCAACGAAAGUAAACAAGACGAUCAAGAAAACUAUACAAGAAAGUGUGAAACGCGUAAGAGGUACCUUUUUUUAAAUUUUAUUUUUAAAAAAUCUUAAAAGUUCAGAAAAUAAAAAGGCGAAUAAAGGAAGCAAUUUACUGUUUAUAAAUCAACUGCUAUGUGUCAACGAUUUCUGAGUAAAUCAAGCGCAAGAAAUAUUGUUAGUUUUUUUUUCUUCACAUUUAUGAAACCUGCAACUGAUUGUAGAUUCUUUAUUUAUUUAUUUGCACACUUGAUUCUUGAAAGUCUGGAAAAUAUAUUUUUCAAUAAAUUUCAUACAGUAGUAAUCCUUAUUUGUAGUUCAAGAUUAAAAACUAUUCCAGCGUAAAACAUAUCUGUUAUUGCAAGUAACGAAUUAAGUUAUGGCGAGAGAAUAUAAUGAGAAAUCAGAUUGUUAAAGGGAAAAUAGACUCUUCUUAGAAGAAUCGUAAACAGUUUGAAAAGUUGACAUUCGACUAAAAUGUUCCAAAGUUAUUUUUAGUAACUUUCUAGGCACCAAAGUGAAUAACAAGGAAGC